GCUAGACGAUUAGAUACACUGGUGCAUUAGUUCCUCCUAUGCUACUAGUUAUUCAAAGAUAUCCUUUCUCCUUCAAGUGCUGGCCUUUAUCAGCAGAAUAUUAUAGGGUCAGCAGAUAGAGAUGAUUGAGAAUAGGCCCUUUAGUUAAUAAAAAUUGUGUUGUUAGUCGUUUCAGACCUGUUUGACUCUGUGACCCCAUUUGAGGAAUUUUUAACCUUUAUUUUUUUAACUCUUACCUUCCAUUUAGGAAUCAAUACUGGGUAUUGUUUCUAAGGCAGAAGAGUGGUAAGGGGCUAGGCAGUAGGGGUUAAUUGACUUGCCCAGGAUCACCCAGCUAGGAAGUGUCUGAGGUCAGAUUUGAACCACAAUCUCCAUUUGAAGGCCUGGCUUUCAAUCCACUGAACCACCUAGCUGCUCCCAUUUGAGGAUUUCUUGACAAUGAUACUGGAGUGGUUUGCCAUUUCCUUCUCCAGCUCAUUUUACAUAUGAGGAAACUGAGGCAAACAGGGUUAAGUGACUUCCCCAGGGUCACAGCUGAUAUCUAAGACUGAAUUUGAACUCAGGUCAUCCUGAUUCCAGGCUUGGUGUUUUAUGCACUGUGCCACCUAGCUGUCAGUACAAGAUGUGACAUCAUCACUUUCCAAAAUGUAGUGUAAAAAUGGUUUUUUUUUCUCUUUGAAAAUUAAGACUAAAAUGAUUCCAUUUGUAAGUCUUAGGUAAAUAUUAAAAUAUUUCCAAACAAAUUCUGGCAUCAUUUACCCAUGUUUCUAAACUAAGAUUGAAAACAUCAAAGAAGGACCGUAUCAGUAAGUUGAGAUCUAGACUCGGGGAUUUUGUGAAUAAACAUACCUAAUUUGUCACAACCAUAGGUAAAAAGGGUCCAGUCUCUUUCCUCAAUUCUCUGCCCCCAUACACACACACACACACACACAUACACACACACACACACAUAUAUAUUCACAGAGGCUCCAUCAGAAUUAUAAUCAAUGUAUCUGUGGGGAGAAAAAGGUAUCUUUGGCCCCUUUUGGAGAAAUUGAGAUCUUUGUUCACAAUCUUGGGUCAAAUUGAGGCCAUCCUUUGGGCCCACAGGAAAGAUGUCCAUUACUACCUCAAUAGAGUCAUAGUCUCCAAACAUUUAUGCAUUCAUGAACACUCCAGGGUGGUUUCAAAGUGCUUAAGAUUAUCUUGUUUUGUCCAACACUAGUUAUGUUUUAGAAAUUUCAGAAAAGCAUGUCUUCUGAGGCAUGGAGGUUUGGCAUAAUUUCUAACCGCAGGAACACAAAGGAAACUAAGUCUCCAAGCCAUAAAGAAAUAGGUUUAUUUGGAGAGGGCCAGUCUCCCAAUAAAGCCAGACUUCUGGUCAAGACCAAAAGACCCCAAACACUGGGAGACUUUCCUAUAUACCCCAAAGAAUAUCACAAUUUUUAUACCAAGUUAAAAAUAAUCCAAGAUCAUGUUAAAAAUAGAGCAGGAUGUAGUUUUCAUCGGUAGAAGUCACUUGAUGACUUAGAAGUCACUUGUUGGAAAAGGGGGAAGUGAGUGAGCCUGGAGUAGGGAUGCAAAUGAGAAAGUGGGGGAGAGGGGAGCCUUGACUAGUGACACAAAGAUAAGAGUGGGUGGCAGUGCCCAUGAUCUUGGGAGAUAUGGUGAGGCCCAAUGCUGUUCUUUGGAACACUUCUGGUAAAUAUCUGGAGGUUGCCUUGGCUUUAAUUGGGGGCUCUAUUGUUUAAAAUGUCCACUUUUGGGGGCAGCUGGGUGGCUCAGUGGAUUGAGAGCCAGGCCUAGAGAUGGAGGUCCUAGGUUCAAAUCUGGCCUCAGAUACUUCCCAGCUGUGUUACCCUGGACAAGUCACUUAACCCCCAAUCUUAGCCCUUACCACUCUUCUGCCUUGGAACCAAUACACAGUAUUGACUCCAAAAAAACAAAAUAAAAUGUCCACUUUUGUGAUAGGCAAAGCAGUCAUGUGGUUUGCCUUAUUAAAUCAAGCUGCCAUUGGAUUUUUGUGUUCCGAAGUUUUUAUAUCUUGGCGUGUUCUUAUAGCCACAUGGUGAGGAACUAUCUGUGCAAAGAAAUUUGCAACAUUAUGUUUUUUAGCUAAAUUUUGCCAUGCCCCUUUAGCAGCAAAUGCAAUUUGAUUAAAGGUUCAUUCUGAACGCAAUGAUUGCCUUUCAAGAAUCUCAAAUUCGCCUGAGUGUUAUGGUCACAGGAGCUGUAUUACCAUACUGAAUUACACUAUUCCCGAGUGCUGUAAGAGUCUGGAAUUUGCCUCUGCUAUUUUUACUUCUGUAUUCUCAGGAUUAUCGCUCAUUUCUUUUGGAGAUGCCAAUUCAUCUGCUUUCUCUUCUAUAGCCAGGCCGAUCUUCAACCUGCUUAGUGGAGGUGGAGGAGGUGGGCAAGGAAAAGCAAGUUUAGUGUCAAGGAAUCAACCGAGUAGAGAGGAGCCCAGUAAGGUUGUGGAGGGAUAGAUCCAAUGGCAAAGAGAGAAGAGUCUGCUGUAGAAGAGGAAUAGUGAGUUUAAAAGGAGGAUCAGUAAGCCAAAGCUGGAGAAUUAGCCUUUGAAGGCCGGAGCUCAGGAGAUGGUUCCAUGAGGAGAGGAAGGGGGAGGGCAAGCUGGGAAUCAGCUGGAGCCCCUGAAGUCUGGGAAGUAAAAGAAGUGGCCAUAGUAAUGACUGUGAGGGGUAUUAGUAUUUAUAAAAGCUUAUCUUUAAGGGGACAAAGUUAAUAAUUCCAUGGUAUCAGAUACUCUCUUCUGUGAGUUUGCAUUAAUUUAUUCAGUAGUUAACACCAGUGCUUUUGAUGCAAAAUGAAAUGAAAACCUUCUUUAAAAAAACAUCAAAAACUCAAUUGUGUUUAGGUAUGUGGAUUGGGGGGAGAGAGAGAGAGAAAGAGAGAGAGAGAGAGAGAGAGGGAGAGAGAGAGAGAGAGAGAGAGAGAGAGAGAGAGAGAUUAAAUAUGUGGGUGAAUGAGCAGUGAAAGCAUUUGCUUUUAAUCUGGGCAGGAAUGAAAAUCAAGGACUGAGGUGCUGGUGAGUUCUGGUGCUCCUCACUCUGAGACCUCAACCCAGGACUGCAACCUGGUUCUACAUAUGGACAAUGGGACAAGAGUCUUGUACCCAGAUCCAGCAAAGAGACUCCUGUAAUCUUCUGAGCAGUUGUCUGACUCUUCUUGCCAUCUGUAGCUGAGAGUUCCAGAAGCCUUUGCUGGUGACUCAGCUGCCUCCAAAGCCUGUUGCCAGAGUAGAACCUGCUUUGGCAUGCUACCUCAUGCUUCAUUUCCAUUCCACUGCAACAGAUCUUUCAUGAUAACCUUCUAAGUUGUUUUGGGCUGAAAAAUUAUUUCACCUCAUCCUUUUGCGGGUUAUGCUGCACCAGAAUUUGUUUUGAGGCAUCCUAUCAGUUUUUUAGAAGUUAAUUUGGUAGAGAUCAGGUGGGUCUGUGUACCUUAUCUACCAUCUUGGAUCCCCACCCCCAGGCAAUUAUCAGAGGGCCUUUGAGUGAGAUCCUCAAUUACUCCAAAAAGUAAUGAUGCAGUCUGAUAAUCCUUGUAGGAAAAACCAAAUGGAAGAAAAAUAUCUAUCAUCCAAGUUGAAACAUGCAAUUAGAUGAGCUAGUCACACCCAAAUGUAAUGGAAUAUUACUGUGCUUUUUGGAAUGAUGAAUAUCAUGAAUACAAAGAAGCAUGCUCCCUGCCUUUACCCGAGCAUUUCCUAUAGCCUAUAUAUAAGCCAAAAAUAUAGAGAAGCCAAAGGUUAAUUGGAGAUACACAAACAUUUAAAUUAGGGUGGAGAGGCCAAAAGGUCGGUUAGGAAUUUUCCUAACUGGGGGCUCUGAACUCUCUAGUAAUAGGCUGUUUUCAGCAUCAAUUCCAUAAUAUUAAGUAGACCUGAAGAGAAUGGUCCUGGGAUAAAAAAUUAAUUGUAGUAGCGUGUAGCUGAAUAAACCUCCAGCAGGAAAUGGAGUAGUGUGUGUGUGGCACAUCCAGAACCACCAACCAAACGGAGCUGGGAAAGGCCAGGGAAACUUUCAGCCGAGACUGGUCUCCAUCAUGGAGGAUGUAGGAGCCCAACGGCCUUUCCACAGUGACACUCACAGAUAUCCUUUGGUUUAUUAGACACGGAGUAAUUGAGUUCGGUUAUUUCAGACCCUUUUUUUCGUUCCAGUUACCUUUCUAUUUUGUAAUUGGUACCAAAUCGUUGUGAUUAAUGCUUAUAAUGUGGCAUACUGGUAUGGUCUGAAAGUAAGAUUAGGAUUGAUCCUGGAGUCAAUUAGAUCCUGUGUUUUUGAAUGCUGCUUCAGUCCCUUACUAGUUGUGUGACCCCGUGCGUGUCACUUGACCAACUCUUCCUUGGUUUCUUCGUCUGUAAAUGGGGUAUAAUGAUAGAUAGCAACUCUCUCACAGACUGUUUUGAGGAUCCAAUGAGCUUUAUACAAAUACUAGUUAUUAUUGCUCUGCUUCAGUUGCUCUUCACCCAAAGUUGUGCCGGCCUUUGUGGCUUCUGGCCAUGGCACCUGACUUGAGAACUAAGCGGCUAUGCUGUCCCAGGCUUAGCGUUGGCGCCUUCCUUAGGGAGCACCCCCUCCCUCUGGUCUGGAUUUCCAGGGUUGUCCCUCUGGGGCUUCUUCCUUGAUGGUUAGACUCGUCCAAUGACGUCGACGUCGAACAGUUCCGCAGACAGAAGAAAACGACCUCGUUUUUCAGGGAGACAGAAUAGUAGAAAUGGCGCGGGAGGGAUUUGUGAAAUCUUUCCCGGCCCUGUCACAGGAGGACGACGGCCUCAUCUCUUAGAGCAAGACUAGAAGAUUUGAGACUAGCGGGUUCAGAAACAACUCUGCAGAGCAUGCGCACCAAUGGCGCCUGGCUUCGGCACUACAUUUCCCAGAAACCCUUGUGGCCGCGUCCUCGUAAGGCUGUAUUCCUGCACCGGAAGUCAGGCCCUUCCCGAGAUCGUUCGCUUUCGCAUCACUAACGGCUGCUUCGGUUCUCUUCAGUCCUCAGUUCAGCACGGGGUCCGUGGCCGGGCUAGGCCAGAAGAGCCCUUGCAACAGAGUGAGGUAGGACCGUGCUGGCGGGUCAGGAAAGACCCGAGGUCACGGCACCAUCUUUCUCGGCCUCUUUUCCUCCAGCUGUCAGCUGGGAGAGGUGGGCCCAGCCGCCCGGCUGACUCAGGCUGAGAAAUCUCAGUUUCCCUAUGGUGAAAGCAUUGAAUAAAGCCAUGGUCUUUGCCCUGGUACCUCCUAGGGCUCACCUGGAAUUGGUGUCAUUCAAGGAUGUUGCGGUAGACUUCACUCAGGAGGAGUGGGAGGAUCUGGACCCUUCUCAGAAGAAGCUGUAUAGAGAUGUGAUGAUGGAGAACUACCAGAACCUGGUCUGCCUGGGACUGACCGCCUCCAAACCAGAUGUGAUUUACCAGUUGGAGCAAGUGGAAAGUUCUUGGGUGCCUGAAGGAGAGGCCCCAGCAGCCAGCUGUCCAGAUUUUGAGAGCCGGCAAGAAAGCAAGCAGUCAUCUUCAGAGUUGAACCUUUCUCUGGAAAUAUCCCAUGAAAAAUUCACAAGGGAUGAUUCUUAUGUCUCCAAAUCAGGUGAAGCCUUGGAAUGUGACAUCUGGCUAGAGAGGCAGAAAAGCAGUAAGGAGAAAUAUUAUAAAUGUAAUGAAUAUGGGAAGGUCUUCUAUAGGAGUAUAAGAUUUACUGAACAUCAGAAAGUUUGUUCUGAAGAGAAACUUUAUGAAUGUAAGGAAUGUGGGAAAAUCUUCCAUCAUAGGAUAGAACUUUCUGGACAUCAGAAAAUUCAUACUGGUGAGAAAACUUAUGAAUGUAAGGAAUGUGGAAAGGCAUUUCGCUGGUGGACAGGACUUAUUCGACAUCAGACAAUUCAUACUAGAGCAAAACCUUAUGUAUGUAAGGAAUGUGGGAAAGCCUUCCCCCAGAGCACUGCUCUUACUCUACAUCAGAGGGUUCAUACUGGAGAGAAGCCUUAUGAAUGUAAACAAUGUGGGAAGGCCUUCCGACAGAAUAUACACCUUACUUGCCAUCAGAAAAUUCACACUGGAGAGAAGCCUUAUAUAUGUACUAAAUGUGGAAAAUCCUUCAACUGCCACUCAUCCCUUACUUCCCAUUACAGAAUUCAUCUUGGUGACAGACCUUAUGAAUGUAAGGAAUGUGGGAAGGCUUUUCGUCGGAGCACACAGCUUACUCGACAUCAGAAAAUUCAUAGUGGAGUGAAAGCUUAUGAAUGUAAUGAAUGUGGGAAGGCCUUCCAUAGGAGUACAAUACUUAUUCAACAUCAGAGAAUUCAUACUGGAGAGAAACCGUAUGAAUGUAAUGAAUGCGGGAAGACCUAUCGCUGGAGCACAGGACUUACUCGACAUCAUAGAAUUCAUACUGGGGAAAAGCCUUAUGAAUGUGAUGAAUGUGGAAAAACCUUCCAUCAAAGGACAGGACUUACUGAACAUCAGAAAAUUCAUACUAAGGAGAAGCCUUAUGAAUGUAAAGAAUGUGGGAAAGGCUUUCAUCAGAGGACAGGACUUUCUGCUCAUCAGAGAAUUCAUACUGAUGAGAAGCCUUAUGAAUGUAAUAAAUGCGGAAAGGUCUUUCGCUGGAGCACAGGACUAACUCGACAUUAUCAGACAGUUCAUGGUAGGGAGAAAUCAUAUGAAUAUGGGAACAUCUCAGAAGAUAGGAUUUAUUUGACAUGAGAAUUUAUACUAUUAAGAGAUAUGUUUGUAAUAUUUGUGGUAAGGCCUUCCUUCCUCAAGAACAAAUAAUUUAGCCAUCAACAAAGAAUUUACAAUGGGAAGAAACUUUAUGCAUAUAAAGUUUUACUAAUUAAUGUACACCAGAGGGAUUUCAUUUUGAUGAAAAAUGUAGAAUUCAGUCUGAAAGCAAAGCCAAUAAACAGAGUAAAUUUAAAAUUCUCAUAUUGGCUUUUCUUUAUUCUUUCAACUGAAAAUACAAAAUUUAUUUGUUGACCACUGUUGAUCAAUAUGUAUAAUAAAUACCAGAGAGUUGGGUUAUAUUCCAUUGACUACAAUGCUUGGUUUUUGCCCAACUCCUCUGGAGCCCAGAAAUCCACAUGCUAAAAUGAUUCUAUAUGGUUCUAUAUGUUUAAAUGAUGGGUUGGGACCAAGAAGUAAAAAUCUGCUUAUCAAUGGCAUAGAAAAUGAAAAAAAGCAUUGGAGUUUGCCUACCCAUCUAUUCCUGUAGUUAGGAAAACAUAACAUUUCUAAAUGUCUGCUUUUAGCUAGAAAAUAUUAAAAGCCCAUCGGAUAAGGAUGUUAGUGCAUGAUCGAGAACUGACCCUUUGGUUAGUCUUGAUGUAUUACUCUUACUUUCCAAAACAGGAAAUGUAAUGAAGUUCUCUUUGAAAAAUCAUAUCUAAAAUGGUUCUCUUUAUAAGCUUGAGGUAAACAUUAAAAUACAUUUUAAAAUAA